AUGGAAAAGGAAAAUGCAACAUUGCUGACAGAGUUUGUCCUCACAGGACUUACACACAAACCAGAGUGGAAAAUCCCCCUAUUCCUGCUGUUCUUGGUGACAUAUCUCAUCACUAUGGCAGGGAACCUUGGUCUUAUUGCUGUCAUCUGGAAUGACCCUCACCUUCACAUUCCUAUGUACUUACUUCUUGGGAGUUUAGCCUUUGUAGAUGGGUUAUCAUCCUCAGUGAUGCCAAAAAUGCUAAUCAACUUGUUAACUAUGAGCAAGACAAUCUCUCUCUCUGAAUGCAUGCUGCAAUUUUUUUCCUUUGGAACCAGUGCAACCACAGAAUGCUUUGUCUUGGCAGUCAUGGCUUAUGAUCGCUAUGUAGCCAUAUGCAAGCCUCUAUUUUAUCCAGUCAUUGUGACCAAUAGACUAUGUGUACGACUAUUGCUUUUGUCAUUUGUUGGUGGCUUUCUUCAUUCCUUGUUUCAUGAAAGUUUUUUAUUGAGGUUAACAUUCUGUAAUUCCAAAAUAAUUUAUCACUUUUAUUGUGAUAUCAUACCAUUGUUAAAGAUUUCCUGUACUGAUCCUUCUAUUAAUUUUCUAAUGCUUUUUAUUUUUUCUGGUUCAAUUCAAGUAUUCACCAUUUUGACUGUCCUCACGUCUUAUUCAUUUGUCCUUUUUACAAUUUUAAAAAAGAGGUCUAUCAAAAAUAAAGCCUUCUCCACUUGUGGGGCCCAUCUCUUAUCUGUGUCUUUGUACUAUGGGACUCUUCUCUUCAUGUAUGUGCGCCCUACAUCUCCACAAGCAGAUGAUCAAAAUAUGAUGGACUCUUUGUUUUAUACUGUCUUAAUUCCUGUGUUAAAUCCCAUUAUUUACAGUCUGAGAAAUAAGCAGGUUCUUGAUUCAUUCACAAAAACAUUAAAGAGAAAUAUUUAG